GACUCUCUGAGGAGGCGCAGUCAAUGAGGGAGCACACCGAAAAGUGAACUGGUGUGAGAGCAGUCCAGGACGCCCUCUGAACGCGAGGGUGGCGAAGGAGGGACGACGAGGAAAACAAGAAAUAAAUCCCUCCCUUCUCCGACGAGGUAGAUAGACUGCCUAUUGCAUCGCAAAGAUGGGGAACCGGGGAAUGGAGGAUUUGAUUCCUCUGGUGAACCGCAUGCAGGAUGCCUUCUCCGCCAUCGGUCAAAACGCAAACCUGGACCUGCCGCAGAUCGCCGUGGUGGGCGGCCAGAGUGCAGGGAAGAGCUCGGUGCUGGAGAACUUCGUCGGGAAGGAUUUCCUUCCUCGUGGUUCUGGCAUUGUGACUCGUCGUCCUUUGGUUCUCCAGCUGAUGAACUGUCCCACAGAGUAUGCAGAGUUUCUCCACUGUAAGGGCAAAAAGUUCACAGAUUUUGAUGAGGUCCGGCAGGAGAUUGAGGCGGAGACUGACCGCAUCACCGGGGCCAACAAGGGCAUCUCUCCUGUGCCCAUCAACUUGCGUGUCUAUUCCCCUCAUGUCCUGAACCUGACCCUGGUGGACCUGCCAGGGAUGACCAAGGUGCCGGUGGGCGACCAGCCCGCAGACAUCGAGUUCCAGAUCAGAGACAUGCUGAUGCAGUUUGUCACUAAGGAGAACUGCCUGAUGCUGGCCGUCUCCCCGGCCAACUCUGAUCUGGCCAACUCUGACGCUUUGAAGAUUGCCAAAGAGGUCGACCCUCAGGGUUCGAGGACCAUCGGUGUGAUCACCAAGCUGGACCUGAUGGACGACGGGACAGAUGCUAAAGAAAUCCUGGAGAACAAACUGCUUCCACUCAGGAGAGGUUACAUCGGUGUGGUGAACAGGAGCCAGAAGGACAUAGAUGGAAAGAAGGACAUAAAUGCUGCUAUGGCUGCCGAGAGGAAGUUCUUUCUCUCCCAUCCAGCGUAUAGACACCUGGCAGACCGUAUGGGCACUCCCUACCUCCAGAAAGUCCUCAAUCAGCAACUGACCAACCACAUCCGGGACACCCUGCCAGGCCUGCGAGCCAAGCUGCAGAGUCAGCUUCUCUCCAUAGAGAAGGAGGUGGAGGAGUACAAGAACUUCAGGCCCGACGAUCCGUCUCGCAAGACCAAGGCUCUGCUCCAGAUGGUGCAGCAGUUCUCUGUGGAUUUUGAGAAGUGUAUAGAGGGCUCCGGGGACCAGAUUGACACGGCGGAGCUGUCAGGUGGUGCAAGGAUCAAUCGCAUCUUCCAUGAACGCUUCCCCUUUGAACUGGUCAAGAUGGAGUUUGAUGAGAAGGAACUCCGCAAAGAGAUCAGCUACGCCAUCAAGAACAUUCACGGCAUCAGAACGGGCCUCUUCACCCCGGACAUGGCCUUUGAGACCAUUGUGAAAAGGCAGAUUGGGAAGAUUAAAGAGCCUUGCACCAAAUGUGUGGACAUGGUCAUUUCUGAGCUAGUCAAUACGGUUAGGCAGUGUACCAAGAAGCUGGCUCAGUAUCCCAUGCUGAGAGAGGAGAUGGAGAGAAUCGUCACCCAGCACAUCAGGGACCGAGAAAGUCGCACUAAGAACCAGGUGUUGCUGUUGAUUGACAUUGAGUUGUCCUACAUGAACACCAACCAUGAGGACUUUAUUGGAUUUGCCAACGCUCAGCAGAGGAUCAACCAAAUGAACAAGAAGAAGGCCCCUGGCAACCAGGAUGAAAUCAUGCCUGAGAGAGGAGUUAACGAUCGGUUCAAGGUGAUCAGGAAGGGCUGGCUCACCAUCAACAACAUCGGCAUCAUGAAGGGCGGAGCCAAGGAGUACUGGUUUGUCCUCACUGCAGAGUCUCUGUCCUGGUACAAGGAUGAUGAGGAGAAAGAGAAGAAGUACAUGCUGCAGGUGGACAACCUGAAGCUGCGCGAUGUGGAGAAAGGUUUCAUGUCCAGCAAGCACAUCUUUGCCCUCUUCAACACUGAACAGAGAAAUGUUUAUAAGGACUACCGUCAGCUGGAGCUGGCCUGUGAGAGUCAGGAGGAUGUUGAUGCAUGGAAGGCCUCCUUCCUCAGAGCUGGGGUUUAUCCUGAACGGGUCACGGAGAAGGAAGGAAAGAGUGACGGUGGUGAUGAUAGCAGCUCUGACAACUUCAUGCACAGCAUGGACCCUCAGCUGGAGCGGCAGGUGGAGACCAUUCGUAACUUGGUCGACUCCUACAUGGCCAUCGUCAACAAGACCGUCCGUGACCUGAUGCCGAAGACCAUCAUGCACCUCAUGAUUAACAAUACUAAGGAGUUCAUCAACGCCGAGCUGCUGGCCCAGCUGUACUCGUGUGGCGACCAGAACACGCUGAUGGAGGAGUCUCAGGAGCAGGCCCAGCACCGUGACGAGAUGCUGCGGAUGUACUACGCCCUGAAAGAGGCCCUCAGCAUCAUUGGCGACAUCAGCACAUCCACUGUAACCACGGCCAUGCCACCACCUGUGGAUGACUCCUGGCUGCAGGUGCAGCGGGGUGGCUCCGGAGGAAGGUCUCCAGCCACCAGUCCCACUCCAAACCGCAGAGCUCCGCCAGGACCUCCUGCGCGCCCGGGCUCUCGUGGGCCUCCACCUGGGCCUCCUCCUGCUGGGGGACCGCCUGUCCCAUCUCGCCCCGGAGCUUCUCCUGACCCUUACAGUGGGCCGCCACCCACCGUGCCCUCACGGCCUAACCGUGCACCCCCAAGUGUGCCAAGUCGGAGACCCCCACCGUCUCCAACCCACUAGGCCUCUGAGCUCCUCCCUCCCUCCUCCGUCUGUCCCUCCUCUGGAAGAGAGAAUAUGGACAACACCGUUACCCUCCUGUCGUUUUCUGCCUCACCUGACCUGAGCUGGCUCCCUGCUCCUGCUCCUACUCCUCCCUUACAACAAGCCAUGUCUCUCUUUCUCUCCCCCACACCCCUCUGUUUCACACAGAGGUGCAGAAUACUUGAAACACACCUGCAUGACUGACAUACAAACAUGCUGAACCCUCAGAAUUUAAUAAACUAUGUAGAGAACAUGAAAUAAUUGAUAAGAAACAAACUGGUGAGUGUAUGCGCACAUAUGCAUGCACACCUGCUUACAUAAACACACACACAUAUAAAUAUAAAUACACAAAACAAACACACAAAUACUAUAUUUUUUCCUCCUUUUAAACGUAUGGGAGGAGACUUUUGCAAAGUUAGCAUGACACUUUGCCUGAGUAUUACAUUAUACUCCAGCAUUUCAAAUGGGUAUUCUGGCUGCUGACUGACUUCUUUUUCUCUUAUUAACAUUUGUUUUAUCUUAUGUGUAUUUUAUGUUUUUUUCAGACUUUUCUUUUUUUUCUUCUUUCCUUUUUUAAUAAAGGAAUACUUCACCAAAGCAUGUUAAGCUUUGUGUCAUAAAGUCACUCUGUAUUGCCUGUUGUGCUGGAGGAAAAACAUUUUCAGACUGAGUUUUCCAAAGUGGUUGCUAAUUUUGGUUAAAAUGACCCUGAACACUAAAACAAUAUCAUAAGGUCUGUAACAAAUUCCUUGGUCCAGUUAUUUUGGUGACAGUACAGUUUUUAAAGAUGCACUAAGCAGCUACACACCAGAGACUUGGAUUAUACUGCACGAUGCAUGUUUGAAAAUGGCUUUUGUAAAAAACUACAGCACAUGCUAUGAGGUGAAAGCAACAGACUCAACAUUUUGGUGGAGUGUUCCUUUAAGGGAGGGGUGUCCAAACUGUUCCACAAAGGGCCGGUGUGGCUGUAAGUUUUUGUUGCAACCAAGCAGCAGCACACCAGACUUGACUCAUUUAAUCAACUGAUCUCAGUCUUCAGACAGUUGAUUGCUCACACUGUGUGCUCUUCAUUGAUUGGAACAAAAACCUGCAGCCACACCGGCCCUUUGUGGAACAGUUUGGACACCUCUGCUUUAAGGGAGGUGAUGCAAACUGAACUGGACUGGAUGUUGCAUCUUUGAAACAGUAAUAGUUGUCACCCCCCCCCCCCCUAGAAAUCACAGGUGAAGACACACUUCAAUCACAUUACGUUAAGUCAACUUGUUCUUGAGGACUAAACAUCCAAAGAGAAGAACUGUGCCAUUCAUACAUUCAGUAUUUUCAUUAAUACCAUGAUUCUGAGCUGCAGAUAAACAUGAUGACUUCCUUGGUGUCUCCUCACCUUUACGAUUUCGGGGUUUCUCUUCUCAACUUGUUCAUCCUGCCAUGUAAGGUCUCGUGUUUUCUCUCUUUUUCUACUCUUUUCACUGAAACAGCCGUCCAAGCAAGGGUGGGCCCUCUCGCCCUGAAAGCCCCCUGCCGCCAUUCAACUCUUAGAAGAACCCCCCCCACCCCCCACCCACACACCUCCUCUCUUUUACCUCCUAUCUUCUCAAACUCCAUUGCCCAUCAUCUAUGAAACAGACUGCACCAUCACUCAGUCAGCUUAAACGAAAUAAGGAGGGGAAAGGAUCGGCUACAGAGUCCUCACCCUCCCCACCCUCAGAUAUCUGGACAGACAGGGGGCUGAUGCUCUUCAUCCUUGCUUUCCCUCCCCCUCCUCCUCUUCCUCCGUUUUCUAUAGGACAGGAGGAGCGAUCAUGUGAGGAUCUGUCUGCCUGUUGUAGCCUCUAGAAAGCCGCUUCCCAAAAUCUUUGGUACUGCAUUAUCUUAUGGAGAAGGGAUCUAAAUAGAAAGUGCAAUAUACAGGACAGACAGACAGCUGCAUGCCACCAGUUAAACAAGAGCCAGAGUACAGUUAUAACUGAGAGGGAGAGAAUCUGUGGUCUGGGUUUUCAUCUGAGCUACUUGUACAUCCUUUUUUAUUCAGAUGGAAAUAAGGUCCUUAAUGGGAGCAGUUUUAAAUAUCUGGAGUUUGUUUUUAUGUCACCUUUGAUCACAUUAUGCAUCAAAUCUCCUGGUAUACUGACAGGAAAUUCUUCAGGUUGAUAAUCCUCCAUUUCUUUUCUGUUUUUUCCUCCUUUUUUCUUUUCUUUUCUUUUCUUCCCUCUCUCAGUGGUCACGGGGGUGAGUGAGAACAUGAAAACAUCAACAGUCUAUGCAUAAAACUAUCAAACGCUCCUUCUGUUUCACCCUCACUUCGCUGUGUGAGAGCCUGUGAGUUGAACCCAUCUUUUAACCCCUGCUUUUCUACCACUGCACUCUACUGUCAGUGUGAUGUGUUGUAUUUUGACCCCAAACAAAAAAAAAGACGACAAACCCACCAGCCAGUAAACAAACCCAUCUUUGUACCUCAAUUGAUGUCAUUUACUUGAAACACUUCAGUGACCCCUUGUGCAUCUUACUUCCUACUCCACAACUGCAAAGCAAACACAACAAAGCAUAUUCUACUUAUUAUUUAACAGUAAUUAGUUUAUUAUGGACAUAUCUUAAUGCGUUAUUCUGUAUAUGUGUGGUGCAUCUUAUGGAACUUGUACUUCCACUGUCUAGAGAAUUUAGUCUGCAACGUAUGAAAUUGCUAAAUAUUUAAAUUAUCAUGAAUAAAUGAAUCUGUGUAUAAGGAAAUAUUAUUUGAAAAACUUACAAAAAAUGUGUAAUGCAGUGAUAUAUAUGGAUGUCUGCAGAUUAUUUGGAUACUUUAGCGUGUAGCAGAGAGGUUUUUUUUUUUUUUGUUGCUGUUGUUUUUCUUGUCUCUCUCUGUGUAGAAGAGCAGGGAGAUACAGUGUGAAUGGGUGAACCCCCGCAGCAACUGGGUCCUGCCUCUUGUUCAAACUGAUGUGGAUAAAAGGAUGACUUUACUCUGCAGGACUGCUGUGCUUUGCAAACACAUUAAAACCUCAGUGUACUGAAAGGAGCUUCCUCUUUGUCUUCUUUUUCUCUUUAUGGUGGGAAACACUAGCAUCACGGGGACACUGUAUCUGUUCAGAGAGCUCAUUUGGAGAAAAAGAGAUUAAUUUUGAAGUAACUUUCGAGUAAGUUUGUGUCUUUA